AUGAAUAACUCAACAGAAAAUUAUGAAAGAUACGAAAUUUUUGGAACCCAGCUAGAAUCAGAUAUUUUUUGCAGUGUAAACGCUGCAUACGAUGGCUUUUCCGCGACACGUGAUAAAAAUCAUAAAGUAACUGCGCCAAGCACAACUAGUAAUUACAAACAGUAUUCUACGACCUCUUUUGCAAAUGAAUUGACCUCUUACAAUUCACAAUCUAUCGGUCAUAAUGCUAAUGAACAACAGAUGAUUUUAGAACAAAAUCUACCAACAUUUGUUCCCCAACUUAAUAGACCUUCAAUUAAUUCACCUAUGUCGAGUAAUGCUAGCUCUCUCCAAAUACAAACGGUUGAAAUUCCUGGUUAUACAAUUAUUAUAAUCCCCAAAUCUUCCUCAUUGGCAAGUUUAACUGGUUUAGACGUACAACAUCAAAUUCAACCAGGCAAUGUUCGUUUGGAUGAUUCUCCUUAUUCGGUUAUUCCACCACAAUUAAAUCAAAAACAGAAUCAUUCCUUUACAGCAAAUGGAUACGAAUCUACACCUUCUCCAUUGAAAAAUUUAACCAAUUUAGACGUGCAACAUCAACUUCAACCAGGAAAUGUUCGUUUGGAUAAUUCUUCUUAUUCGGUUAAUCCACCACAAUUAAGUCAAGAACAGAAUUUUCCCUUUCCAGUAAAUGGAUACGAACCUACAUCUUGUUUACCAAAUUUAGACGUGCAACAUCAACUUCAACCAGGCAAUGUUCGUUUGGAUUAUUCGGUUAAUCCACCACAACACUAUUUUUCUGGUUCAGAUUUUAUUGAAAAUGUUAUUAAUAAUCACGUUUCAGAUAAUGUACAACUCAACGUCAACGAUAAAAACUAUUAA